ACGAUUUCGAAGAACCCAAGAAAGUGCAAACUCAAAAUUAAAACAAUAAAAAACAGUCUAGAACAGAAAAGUUAGGUUAGUUUAUAUUUGAGUUCUUUUUUUUUUAAGUUUCAGUCGUAGUAAUUAUAUAAAAAGUAAAAGUAAAAUGCCGUACGGAUCUGCCGCUGUUGCCGCUUCUCGCGGCCUGCGUCUUCCUCCUCUACCCACCAUCCGGGAUCUUGUUAAACUGUAUAAACUGCAAGCCAUCAAACAGAUGUCCCAGAAUUUUCUUAUGGAUGAGCGAUUGACAGACAAAAUUGUGAAAUCUGCCGGGAGGAUUUCAGACACCGAUAUUGUGUUGGAGGUUGGACCUGGACCGGGGGGUAUAACUAGAUCGAUUCUGAGACGAAAGCCAGCAAAAGUGAUACUCGUCGAAAAAGAUCGAAGGUUCCUGCCGACUCUGGAGCUUCUCCAGGAGUGCUCCCAGCCUCUGGGAAUCCAAAUGGACAUCCAUCAAGCAGAUAUACUUAGAUUUCCAAUGGACAAAGCUAUUCCUGAUGUUUCCCAGAGGCUUCAUCUGAUCGGGAAUCUUCCGUUUGCGAUUUCCACUCGUCUCCUGAUCAAUUGGUUUAAGGAUUUGUCUCUCCGGCAAGGCGCCUUUCGUCGAAACGACACCACAAUGACGUUGACCUUCCAAAAAGAAGUCGCCGAAAGGAUUUGUGCCCCGUUGGGAAGUGAACAACGCUGUCGUCUGUCGAUUAUGUCCCAAAUCUGGACCGAACCAACGCUCAAAUUUAUAAUUCCCGGCAAAGCCUUCGUCCCAAAACCCGAUGUCGAUGUUGGUGUAGUAAAAUUUGUUCCCCUGAAGGAGCCCAAGACGGACAUCCCUUUCGAUGUGGUCGAACGAGUUAAUCGUCAUAUCUUUUCAAUGCGCCAGAAGUUUUGCAGACGUGGGUAUAGUACACUCUUUCCGGAGGAACAACGAGACGAGACGACUUAUGAAAUGUUUGUGGAAGCCGAAGUUGAACCGACCCUUAGGCCGUUCCAAUUAUCUGUCGAUGAGUGUCUCCGUCUGACGGAAGUCUAUUGGCAGUUAAUUCAGAAGAACCCAGAAAUUGCUAGCUAUGACUAUCGCGGACCGAAAGCUCCCAAAGAGGAGGAACUUGUUGAUUAUUAGAAGUUUUAUGGCAAAAUAAAGUUUAUAUUAAAAAAGAAA